AUGGCGGCGCAGAGCCAUUCGAGAUGGUCGCUUUCCGGCAUGACCGCCGUUGUCACCGGUGGCACCCGUGGAAUUGGAUACGCAACUGUCGAGGAGCUUGCUGCAUUGGGUGCAACUGUGUACACUUGUUCGAGAAACGAAGAGGAGCUCAAUCAGCGGUUGAAGGAAUGGGAAUCUAAGGGGUUCAAAGUCUGUGGGUCAGUCUGCGACGCGUCUUCUAGAGAUAAGAGAGUGCAGCUCAUGGAGAAAGUGUCCUCUGUUUUCGAUGGCAAGCUCAACAUUCUUAUAAAUAAUGUUGGGACUAACAUUAGGAAGCCAACUGUUGAUUAUACUGCCGAGGAAUAUUCUACUCUCAUGGCUACAAACUUAGAGUCCUCUUACCAUUUGUGCCAACUCGCGCAUCCUCUUCUUAAAGCCUCUGGAAACAGCAGCAUCGUGUUCAUUUCCUCUGUUGCUGGUUUGGUUCACUUGUUUUCUGGAUCUAUUUAUGGAUCCACUAAAGGAGCAAUUAAUCAGCUUACCAAAAAUUUAGCUUGUGAGUGGGCAAAAGAUAACAUUAGGGUGAACAGUGUUGCCCCCUGGUACAUCAAAACCUCUCUUGUGAAAUCUUUACUCGAAAACAAAGAAUUCUUGGAUCGUGUAGUAUCUAGAACUCCUCUCAAGCGCCCUGGAGAGCCCGAAGAAGUCUCAUCGAUGGUUGCUUUUCUCUGUCUUCCAGCUGCUUCUUAUAUUACCGGUCAGAUUGUAUGUGUGGAUGGAGGAAUGACUGUGAAUGCGUUCCCUCUCGACAUCUAA